AUGUGUAGUACGGAAGCUCGUUCAGGUAGUACUUCGAAGAUAGUUCAGGAGAUCGUCGUGUUUCUCUCACUCCCGCGUUUGCAUCCCUCGUCAAACGAGAAGGCCCUGCUGUUGAGGAGUGUUCGCUGGCACACAAUCCAAGCCCAUGCUGAAAAGGGGUUCAGGUUUAGGGUUGGGUGUGUCGUCUCGCUUCCAGGCAUAUCGCAAGCUCUCCUGGUUCAACAGGGUUUGGGGAUUCUUGCGACAGCGGAUUCAGAUGUGCAGAAUAUUCGCACUGGGCAGGUAACAGCGGAGGACUUUGAUGUGCGCAUCCGCCUGGGUCGGCCAUUCAUCAUCGCUGACGCAGGUCGUGGAAUCGACUUGGUAGGCGCAAGCUGCCAGCACUUCCAUGAGCACUUUCCAACCGCACAGAUGCGGGCUGAGUACACUGGCGACGACAGGCCCGAAAAGUUUAUCUCGCUUGGCAGCAAGGCUUGGUUUUCAAAGGAUCGACACCAAGCAGCGAAGAAGCGGAAGAAGUCCAGCAAGGCAGCGCACGCGCAGCACGCGACGGCUCCUUAUGUGUGGCACGUCAAGGACGGAGGCCACGAGGCCCCGCCAGAUGUUCGCGCGGCGGUGCAACGAGCAUGGCAGCCGCCCUAUUUCCUUCGGGGUGCCACCAACCUUCGUGAAGCCAACGAGUCCGCCGAGUUCUGGUUCCAUCGUCGCAAUGGGUCGGUGCUAGCGCAUGCGGACACUUGCUGCAUCCCUGCUGUAUCUUUGCAGCUGACUGGAUGUUGGCUCUUCGAAGCUGGUGGGACGGGCCUACCUCGUCGACUGCUUCCUGCUUGGCCGACGUGUGAAUGA